CUCUUGGACGAAUGUGGUGAUGAUUGUCAUGGUUUCCCAUUGAAGUGACCCCUCCUGUGAAAGGGGGUUUCCUCUAUUCUUGACCCCCUGUGAACCCACCACCUUCAAAAAAACAACCAAACAACUCCACCAACUUCAACCGGCCAACAACUUCAGAAGAGGAAUUCUUUAGAAACGAACCAAUCCACUAAAAAACGAACAAACAAACGAACGAACAAUCAAACAUGAACGUUUUAUCGAAGGAGAAACUACCCCAGUACAGCUACCAUCAUCCGAGCCCAACAGCGAUCAAGAGCAGGACGAUCACCAACCGAGUCCUGCCCAGCAUCAUCCUCUUCUCCGUCCUCCUCUCACUGCCCAUCUUCCUAUUCUUCCACUACACCUGGAACCAUUCCAGCUCGAUCCAGCCAUCCACCAGCCAUCCGUCCUUCGCCCACAACCCAGCCUCCUCCUCCUCCUCGGAGAACUUCCGUCAUCCUCACGAUCAUACCUCCGCAGAAGAACAUGAGCUGCCUAAGCUCGGAGACAUGAUCCCGUCCAAGGAUACCCUCAAGGGCGGUACCAUCAUGCCCAAGAUGGCUAAUGCGACCGCUAAGGCCGAAUUGGGUCGGGCUACGUGGAAGUUUAUGCACACUAUGACAGCACGAUUCCCAGAAAAACCAACGGCCGAUGAACGUGAAGCUUUGAAGGCUUUCAUCUAUCUCUUCUCCAGAUUAUAUCCAUGUGGAGAUUGUGCGCGACAUUUCCAAGAGUUACUGAAACAAUAUCCGCCCCAAACAUCCUCAAGGAACGUCGCUUCCUUGCAUCUCUGUUCGCUCCACAAUCUCGUCAACGAACGACUAGGAAAACCCGAGUACAACUGCACCUCUCUCCUCGAGAACUACGAUUGUGGAUGCGGCCAUGACGAGAAAGAGGCGCUCAAGAAGCUCAAGAAACCCAACGAAUCCUUCCUCGAUAAUCUCUCGCUCAUGACGCCUGCUUUCUGAUCUCCGUUUGCUCUGGGUUCUUGGACUUUUUCUUAUCACGCCUCCUCAACUUGAAUGUCCAUCUGUUGCAGUUUGUUUAGUGGUUGAUUGAAUGAUUAUCCUUUGAUUAGAACAACCCUCCCCCGCUCUUAUAUACCUUGAUCAAGAUUACUCCCAUCUACAUAUCCCUUUUUUUUCAGAUCUUACACUUACCCUUGUUGUUACAUCCUUGUACAUACAUACAAUGUUGUUAUUGUUGUACACUUCAAAUAUUUCAUCAAGUAUUAGAUUUUUUUUCUUUUGUCUUACCCUCAUCAUCAAAAACAAUUAUAACCAUGCUUCUUCUCUUCUCUUUUUUUGUUUGUUUGUUUGUGAAAGAUAAAGCAAUUUAAAACUUAUCCAACUUUUUUUUACCAUAAGUGGAAAUUAUGUAUAAG